AUGUCUCCACCCACAACCAUUCAUUUAACAGAUCUCAUCAUUCCUUCAUCAUCCUCUCAUGUUCAACAAUUACUUCAUCAAAAAUUCAUACACAAAGGAUUCACCUUAUUUCUACACAAUAGAGAAGAAUAUAUAAAAUCCAUUCCGAAAUCUAGAAGAAUGCGGUACAUGAGACAACAAGAAUAUUUUCCAAUCGAAUUUUUUCAAGAUGAAGAAAUUGUUGUAAAAGUUGGUCAACCAUUCGUUGAACAUCAUUAUGCAUUUGAAGCUAAAUAUGAAGCUCCUGAUUCGUUUAAGGAAUAUGUGAAUAAUUAUCACUUGGAGAAUUCAAAUAUUGUUGUACAACAAGAAGUGAAAAUUGAGAAAGAGGAAAAAAUUGAAAAACCAAAAAAGAUUAAAAAGAAUUUAAUGUGUGUCCUUACAAACAAAGAAGAGGCAUUGAAAAUUGUUGAAAAUAAUGGAAAACAUUUAUAUAGAGUUUGUGAUGAAUUGAAAAACGACAAGGAGGUAGUGUGGAAAGCAAUUCAACAAAACAUUUGUGCCAUUCAAUUUGCAUCACAAGAGUUGAGAAAUGAUUUGGAAUUGGCAACAUUUACUAUUGCAAAAAAUGGUCUAUUAUUGAAAUGGCUAUCUACAGAAUUAAGAAACGACAAGAAUCUUGUUCUCUUGGCUGUGACUACAAAUGGAAAUGCCUUUCAAUAUGCUUCUCGAAAACUCCAACACGACAAAGAGAUUGUUAUAGCAGCCAUUACAAAUUGUAGAUCUGCUUACAAUCAAGUACCACAAUCCUUGAAGAAAGAUAGUCAAGUUAUGAAAGUAUUAUUUAAGGAAAUUGAUUAUUCCAAAAUUGACUUCAAAUUGGCUAAAAAAUUAUGUUCUCGAAAAAACAUAUUUGCCUUCUUAUCGGAUGAAUUGAGAAAUGAUAAGAAAAUGGUUCAAAUAGCCGCACAACAAUAUGCCUCCUCCAUUCAAUUUGCUUCUCCAGAACUUAAAAAUGACAAGGAUUUCAUAUUCCACUUGUUACAAGGAAAUGCCUUAAUAUUGUCAUAUUUACCAGAAUUGCAAAAGGACAAGGAAUUCAUGAUGAGAGCUGUGUCCAUUUGUGGAGUGUUUCGAUAUGCUUCGUAUUCUCUCACUGCAGAUAAGCAUGUGGUGGCACAAGCUUGUUCAUAUCAUCAUUCAGCCAUUGGUUGUGCUGCUUCAACGUUAUUGGAUGAUUCAGAGUUUAUUCUGGAUUUACUUUCUUUGAAUCCAUUGGUGUAUAAUAAUUAUCGUAUGGGAAGAUAUAGAAGAGAUGAUGAGUUUACUAAGAAAGCAAUGGAAAGAACGGGAAUGGUGUAUUCUUAUCGACUUGUGAAAGAUCCACAAGAAUUUUCAAAAUUAUUGGACCUGGUUUUGGAAAGGAAAUACUAUGGAUGCAGUAUUCCAAAACGUUAUCUUGGAUUGGAAGAGCUUCGAAAGAAGUCAAUAAAUUAA